GCGCACAGCAGCUCUGAACUCUGCCGCGCAACCCUAGAAGGCAGUAGCUCGACAAUUCUCUGUUCGUUUCCCGUUCACCGGCCGGCGGGAAUCCUCCGUCAUCCUUUCCGGGUACUGAAAAACCCUAGGGUCUCCUUACAGAAAAAGUUAGUUCCAGUAUAUUCGUCUCCCCUCAACUCGCAGCCUUCCAUAACCCUGAUUUCUGCGCCGGAGGCAUCAAUGGAUUCUCGGCUGGCAAAUACUUGGCGUCCGACGGUAAACGAAAAGAAAUUUAUCGAGACUGCUUUGGCUUCUAACUUGAGAAUCGAUGACUAUAACCGGAAACCCAUUGAGUAUCGGCAGCUAACCAUCAACUUUGGAAGGGAAGACGGGUCAGCUGAUGUGCAGCUAGGCCAUACUCAUGUGAUGGGUUUCGUGUCUAGUCAACUUGUCCAACCUUACCGUGAGCGUCCAAAUGAAGGGACAAUGUCGAUUUUCACCGAGUUUUCACCAAUGGCCGAUCCUUCAUUCGAGUUAGGCCGUCCAGGAGAGUCUGCAAUAGAGUUGGGCCGCAUAAUUGAUCGUGGCUUAAGGGAAAGUAGGGCUGUGGAUAUGGAAUCACUUUGUGUUUUGGCUGGGAAGUUAGUUUGGGCCAUCAGGAUUGAUCUCCACAUCCUAGAUAAUGGAGGAAAUCUUGUUGACGCUGCCAAUGUGGCUGCUUUAGCUGCCCUGUUGACCUUUCGGAGACCAGAGUGCUCAUUAGGUGGAGAAAAUGGACAAGAAGUGGUUGUACAUCCACCUGAGGUUAGAACAUUAAGGCAUUUUGAGUGGUCCGUUGAUUGUUGUUCUUGCAUUCUGCAGGCGAAGGAUCCACUUCCUUUGAUAGUUCACCAUUUGCCUAUAGCAGUGACCUUUGGAUUUUUCAGCACAGAGUACACCAUGGUGGUAGAUCCAACCCAUAGCGAGGAGGCUGUUAUGGGGGGCCGUAUGACAGUAACAGUUAAUGCAAGUGGCGAUAUUUGUGCCAUUCAAAAAGCUGGAGGAGUAGGUGUGCCACAGAGUGAGAUUAUGCGAUGUUUACGACUUGCUUCUGACAAAGCUGAAUCUAUUACCAAAAACAUAAAAGACGCGGUUGAAGCGUUCAACACGGAGAGAAUGUUACGCAAGAUCAAGCGACAUUCUACUGCCGUAGCUGCCAAUGUUAGUAUAGAAAAUGAUGUCAAAGGGCAAAAAGACAAACUCGCUGGGCAGAGAGUAAAUGAGUCAUCAAUGUCCCAGAUGGAGAGAUUGAAGCUAAAACCUGACGAAAGUUCCAUAUCCCAAAAUGAUGGUUUAGGCAGCGAGACCAGAUCAUCGGAUCAAAUCAGUAGUCAGCGUGCCGAGGGAAAUGCUCCUCUUUUUCUUGGAGGGCCCUCAAGCUGGGACCCUCACACACACGGUGUUGAUCCAGAUUUCCUAAAAGCUUCUCUUGCUGCACAAGGAAAAUCGAACCCCAAGGCGGAACAAAGUAGCGAAGACAGUGACGAUGAUGUAGCAAUGCAAGAAAAAGACGCCUCUGAAGACGUCAAACCUCCGAGCUUAGCAACAGAUUCAUCCGAAACAGUAGAAGAACAAAAAACCAGCAUAGUGAAGAAGACUCUCAAGGACGCAGUGAAGCCAAAGAACAGGAGAAGAAAGAAGACGCGCUCUUAACUUAAACGCCAGCUAAGAUUCAUUCUGACAAACACGUUGUUUUACUUUUUAUCUGUAUCCCCCCUUUUUUCUGGAAUAGUUUUAGCUGUGUUUGCGGUGCUUGUUUUGAUACAAUUACGUGGAAUUAGGGCCAACGACGCCAUAAAACCAUGUUGUUGUUCUUCCAAAACUGCCUCAGAUAAACGGCGUCGUCCCUGGCGACCCAGUACGUGUUGUCCAUGUGAAUCCUCUCCCAGGGGUCCUUCUCCUCCUCGUUAUACGCAUCGAAAACGACCUCGACGUUGCCCUUCGCCACGUGGCACCAGAAGAGCGUGAUCCCGAAGAUGUUGGGCCUGAACCGCCACUGGUACUCGGACCCGGGCGGGACGACGUGGACCCCCAUGUCGUUGUUCUUGGACUUGCAGUGGACCGUCACGGCCCGCCCGCCGCUCAGCUCGUUCACGAUGUGGAUGUGCCUGUAGGCCCACCACGAGCCCUUCUUCGAGUCCGCCAGCCCGCCUGCAGGAGCGCCGGUGUCGGUCGGGGCGUCUUGUUUUUCCGGUGGCGACGUGGCCGGGACCACCGUGUCCUGUACGUCAUCCGGCGGAGCAGUGACGUCGGCUGAUGCAUGUGGAGCGAAGAUGGCCAGGCAGAUGAUCGCAACCGCCAUGGGAGAAGCUUUUGUGAUCCACAUUUUGAUGAUAUGGGCUGAUUAUCUCUCUAGUUACUCUUUUUUUUUUUUAUGUGUUUGAAUGUUUUACAUAAUGUAGAAGUUGAAAUUGGUGAAGUAUUUAUAGUUGAGCUUGAAAUGCAUGUUUACUGAAAAUAGUAGAGUGAUUUCAGCUUCACCGCACAGGAU